UGGCUGUACGGGGGGCUGCCCGCCUUCCGCAGCGCCCGCACGGCCUUCAUCGAGCGCAGCCACGGCGACCUGUUCCAGAGCCGCGCGGACGCGCUGCAAUCUGCACAUCGUGCUGGUCUCCGGAGCUUCAUCCGCUAUGGCUGGCGCUGGAGCUGGAGAGUUGCUGUUUUUACAACAAUAUUCAACAUGGUGAGCACUGGCCUGUCUGUGUACCGUGAUAAAACCACCAUCAGCAAUUUUGCUACGGCAGGAGCCUUCACAGGUAGCCUUUUCAGAAUGCACUUGGGCCUGCAGGGACUGGCAGGUGGCAUCUUACUCGGAACACUGUUUGGGAUCCCUGCAGGAGGCCUCUUAAUAGCAGCACAUAGUUUGUCUGGUGAGACCUUGCAGGAGAAGAGGAAUCGAGAGCGCAGGGAGCUGUAUGAACAGAAGUUAGCAGAGUGGCAGUCCAGGCUUGGUGUGACUGAAGACAUAGGCCAAACAGAACCCAACACCCAGGGAGGACCAGAGAUGGAGAGAGCAAGAGAAUUUAGGAGCCACUGA